CCCCAGUUUCCGCGCGCCUCUCUGGCAGCUGGUCACAUGGUGAGGGUGGGGGUGAGGGGGCCUCUCUAGCUCGCGGCCUGUGUCUAUGGUCCGGCCCGUAGCGUCCAGCUGCCCGGGACCGAUCCCCGGUGUAUGGCGCCGCAGGAACCGGCUCCCGGGCCCAGAUAAAGGGCCACCUCCCCAGCUCUCGGCCGGGCGUAAGCUCUGAAAGAGAGUUUGGUAUUUGAAGCCUCUGUGAUUGUGGGAGAUCCCCUGCUCCGAGAAUGGCAACCUCUCGGUAUGAACCAGUGGCUGAAAUCGGUGUCGGCGCCUAUGGGACGGUGUACAAGGCCCGGGAUCCCCACAGUGGCCACUUUGUGGCCCUCAAGAGUGUGAGAGUUCCUAACGGAGGAGGAGCUGGAGGGGGCCUUCCCAUCAGCACAGUUCGUGAGGUGGCCUUACUGAGGAGGUUGGAGGCCUUUGAACAUCCCAAUGUUGUAAGGCUAAUGGAUGUCUGUGCUACUUCCCGAACUGAUCGAGACAUCAAAGUUACCCUAGUGUUUGAGCACAUAGACCAGGACCUAAGGACAUACCUGGACAAAGCCCCACCACCAGGCUUGCCAGUUGAGACCAUCAAGGAUCUGAUGCGGCAGUUUCUAAGCGGCCUAGAUUUUCUGCAUGCAAAUUGCAUUGUUCAUCGAGACCUGAAACCGGAGAACAUCCUGGUGACAAGCAAUGGGACCGUCAAGCUGGCUGACUUUGGCUUAGCCCGCAUCUACAGCUACCAGAUGGCCCUCACCCCUGUGGUUGUCACGCUCUGGUACCGCGCCCCUGAAGUCCUCCUGCAGUCCACCUACGCCACACCUGUGGACAUGUGGAGUGUUGGCUGUAUCUUCGCAGAGAUGUUCCGUCGAAAGCCUCUCUUCUGUGGAAACUCGGAAGCCGACCAGUUGGGCAAAAUUUUUGAUCUCAUUGGAUUGCCUCCAGAAGACGACUGGCCUCGAGAGGUCUCUCUGCCCCGAGGAGCCUUUUCCCCGAGAGGGCCUCGGCCAGUGCAGUCUGUGGUGCCGGAGAUGGAGGAAUCCGGAGCACAGCUACUGCUGGAGAUGCUGACUUUUAACCCACAUAAGCGGAUCUCUGCCUUCCGCGCCCUGCAGCACUCUUACCUACACAAGGAAGAGAGUGACCCAGAGUGAGAAGAGCGGCUGGCUGCCUUUCGUCUCUGGACACCGAGCACAAGACUCUCAACCUCUCCUUCCUCUAGGGCUGUGGAGACUCCUCCAGUUUUUUACAGAGAAUAUUUUAAGCCUUAAAUGACAUUCCCUCCCCCACUUCUCCUUAGGAGGCUUACCCUCUUGCGCCCCCAUUCUCUACACUAAGGGGUGGGUGUAUCUGUCUUCUCCCCUCCCUGAUUUAUAUUGGGAUCUUUUUUAUACAGCAAAACGAGACAAAGAAAUAUGGUCUUUUUUUUUCUUUAA